AUGAAUAAAACGUUAUCAGAAGAAGACAGAGACUGCGAAGCUUAUUUUGUAUCUAAGACUACGCGAAAUUCAGAUGGACGAUUUGUGUUACGGUUACCAUUAAAAAUAGAUCGCGAAUCGUUAGGCCAUUCGAAAACCCAAGCUUUGCAGCGUUUACAUGGUUUGGAAUUGAGGUUUUCUAGGAAUAAACAAUUUCGUGAAGAUUAUAUUAAGUCUAUCAACGACAUGAUUAGUCAAGGUCAAUUGAGGCGAGCGGUGGAAAAGCCUAGUGAAAUUAGUUAUUAUAUUCCUCACCAUGCAGUAAUUAAAGAAUCGUCUAGUACUACCAAAUUAAGAGUAGUUUUGGACCCUACCAUGAAGUCUUCCUCUGGUCUAUCUUUGAGCGAUUGUUUGAUGAAAGGCCCUACAGUGCAAGCUCCUUUAAUGAGCAUUUUAUUCAGAUCACGUUUCCAACGUUAUGUUUUUACAUCUGAUAUUCGUAAAAUGUAUUUACAAUUUUUAAGGCAUUCUGAUGACAUUCCACUUCAAAGAAUUCUUUGGCGAGAGUCUCAAAAUGAUCCGAUUAUGAUCCUAGAGUACACAGUAGUUGUAUUUGGGUUUCCUUCUUCACCUUUUGAAGCUACAAGGUGUUUAAUUGAAUUGGCAAGAAAACAUCGCGAUCAAUUCCCUCUUGCAAGUAAAAUUUUAGAGGAAGAUACUUACGUUGAUGACAUUUACACAGGUGCAGAUACGGUUGCAGAAGCGAUCGAAAAACGGAAUCAAUUAAUUGCUCUGUUAAAAUUGGCUUGUCUAGGUUUGAGUGAAUGGUGCGCAAAUGCGAAUGAAAUUAUUAGUGACGUCAUGUCGUCUGACGAAAUGUCAAAUCUUCCCAUUCAACUAGAUAAAGAAAUUUCUGUAAAAACGUUAGGCCUUAUUUGGAUACCUCGUGAAGAUGUGUAUAAAGUUUGGGUAGGCCAAAUAGAUAUUCAAGCUAAAUUUACCAAAAAGAAGGUUCUUUCCAUUAUCUCUUCAAUUUAUGAUCCACUUGGAUUUUUAGGUCCAGUUACAGUAUCAUGUAAAAUAAUCAUGCAAUCUUUAUGGAAAGAUAAACUAUCUUGGGAUUCUCCUCUUCCUGAGGAAAUCAAAAAACAAUGGAUAAAACUCAUUUCUACUCUCCAUGAAUUAAACAAAAUAACGAUUCCAAGGCACCUAUUUUCAAUGUCUGAAAGGUAUCAAUUUUUAGAAUUACACGGUUUUGCGGAUGCCUCAAAGGAUGCCUAUGGAGCAGUGGUUUAUUUGAGAGCUGUUUAUGAAAAUCAUUCGGUGGUAAGAGUAUUACUUUCAAAAUCUAGAGUAGCACCUUUGAAAAAAUUUGAUAUCUCAAGGCUAGAAUUGUGUGCUGCUGAGUUAUUAUCCAGUUUGAUGAAAAAUGUUCUUGAGAUGUUUAGUGAUAAAUUUACAUUCUCAGCAAUACGUUUAUGGACGGAUAAUACCAUUACUCUUUAUUGGAUUCGUUCUCCUUCUAGUAAGUGGGAAAUUUUUGUCUCUAACAGAGUUAGGCGAAUUCAAUUAUUAACUAAGGAAUACACAUGGGAUUACAUAAAUACUAAGGAAAAUCCUGCAGAUCCAUUAUCGAGAGGUGUAAAACCUCAAGAAAUGAAAGAUCUUUCCCUUUGGUGGAAUGGUCCCCCCUUCCUAUCUUCUACCAAACCUACGGAUCCCGGUAGUAAAUUCAAGUUCACUCAGUCAGUUACGCUAGAGUUAAAACGACCUUCCACAAAAUCAAAAAAGGCCCUUGUGUUAAUACAGAAUAAUUCAUGGAUGGACGAAUAUGUAUCGUUAAAUGAGAUUGUAAAGGUAACAGGGUAUCAAUGUAGGUUCUUUUGGAAUGCUCAUUGGUAUGGUCCUCGAUUAUAUGGCCCUUUGCAACUUUUUGAAUACAAUCAUUCGUUAUUAUUACUCAUUAAAUUGGUACAAAAAGAAGCUUUUUCUGAUGAGAUUUUAUGUUUCCAGCAUAAUAAAGCUAUUCCUGUGAGAAGUAUCAUAUCAAAACUUUCUCCUUUCAUGGAUGCAAUGGGUAUUAUCCGCGUGGGGGGAAGGCUUCAGAAUUCGUCGCUUUCUUUCGACCAAUGCCAUCCUAUUUUGUUACCCUCCUCCUCCCACCAUUUAACUCGACUUAUUGUCAAAAGAGAGCAUGCAAGGACAUUACAUGGUGGUCCUACAGCUCUGAAAGCCACAUUGAGGCGUAAGUACUGGAUUAUACACAUAAACAGUACAGUUCAUAACUGUAUUACAAAUUGUCGAAUUUGCACUCUUGAUAAAGCUCAUAUUCGUACUCAGCUAAUGGCUGCGUUACCAAAGGCAAGAGUUACUCCUCAACGACCUUUCACAGUUACUGGCGUUGACUAUGCGGGUCCUAUAAAUUUGUUGGUCAAAAAAAGGCCACAUACGACAACAAAGGCUUAUAUAGCAGUGUUUGUAUGUUUUUCAACUAAGGCUAUUCAUAUAGAAUUGGUUUCUGAUCUUACGAGUGAAGCUUUUAUAGCUGCAUUCAACAGAUUUAUCAGCAGACGUGGCCUACCUGCUGAAAUGAAUUCGGACAAUGGGUCCACAUUCGUAGGCGCAAAACGAAUACUUUCCGAAUUAGGCAAAGGCUUAAUUGAUAUGUGGAGUGCCUUAUCCUCCUUUUGGACUUCUUCCAGUGUAAAUUGGAAAUUUAUUCCGCCGUAUGCCCCACACUUCGGCGGUUUAUGGGAAGCAGGAGUAAAAUCAGUCAAAUCCCAUUUAACGAUUAAUUUAUUUCACAUUUUCAACUGUUUAGAUGAUUUCAUAUAUGACUCGUAUGGAAGCAUCGACUACACUGAAAUGGCCAAGAAAAUGUUGACGUGCGAUGAACUAGAAAAAGAACUGAGAUUCGCUAUCGCUUGUGAAUUUUGUUUCGAGCAUGAAAUCAAAAAGUUAUGGCCUUUAGUAGCAAAUAGAGCACUGCUCUGCAGCGAUAAUUUAAAAGAGAGAAUAUGGAAUUUUUCAUUGUUUAAACGUGAUAUUCCUGCUACAAUGUUUAUUAGAUGUUCACACACAAAACCAGCGAUGGAGUUCUUCUGGAAACAUAUCACCACAUUCGAUGACCAAGUGUAUUGCAUUGGUAAAUGCUUUCGUGAUCCUGUAAAUGACAUCGGAAUGAUAGUAUUGUUAGAGUACUGGAUUCCGAGAAUGAAUGAUGAAUUCCUAGAGUCCCUUAUAAAGCUACAUGAAUUUACCGGUACAAAAGAUACAGGUAUCAAAUAUUUGUGCGAACAAAUUUGGAAUAUGGCUUCGAUUGAAUUCAAAAAUCAUGCUUCGAAUCGUAUUGCAGCUCAAAUUGCAACUAAUCGAUGCCCUUAUGAUGAUUCCAUGGCACACAUACACUACUGA